AGCUAGAUACUAGCCAAUCAAAAGGCACUGCCUGAGGCUGAGUUUUGUUUGUACUUCAGAGAAUCGGUUGGUUGGUGGGAGAGCAGUUGGACUCAGUUAUUUCCCUCAUAUACUUGACCUUUUCCCUGACCUGUUGGAUCUGGACAUACAUUGUGUGUGUCUGAGAUUGCCCACAAGAUAAAGUGGUUGAAAUUGAGCAGAACACCAUGGGCAGCCACAUGGAUGAGGACAUUCUUGAAAAGGAUUUCAGGAUGUUAACAUCUCUAGGUUGUGGUUCCUUCGGGGAGGUGAAGCUGGCCUGUCACCUUCCCACACAUACACGAGUGGCUGUCAAGAUCCUUGAGAAAAACACCAAUAGUGUGGCUGACAUCAGUACUGAAGUGAAUAUCCUUCAGUCUUUAGAACACAGGAACAUCGUUCGAUUUUUUGACAUGAUCGACACACUGACAACCACUUAUCUGAUUAUGGAGUAUAUGGCAGGAGAAGAUCUGGAGAGCUGCCUCCAGGCACUGGGCUGUCUAAAGGAGGAGGAGGCUAGAGGGAUUUUCCGGCAGGUGGUGUCAGCGGUCCACUUCCUCCACCAGAGACACAUCGCACACCGUGAUAUCAAAUUAGAAAACAUCCUAGUUGAUGCAGCAGGAAAUGCAAAGCUUUGUGACUUUGGUAUGGCAAUUGAAAUCACAGAGGGGCAGAUGUUGGAGGAGAUCUGUGGCUCCUUGCUCUACUGGGCCCCAGAGAUCUUGGCCAGAAAGCCUUAUGAUGGACUGGCAGGUGAUAUGUGGAGCUUGGGUAUCGUUCUAUAUGUCUUAGUCACAGGGCACUUUCCAUACAUGGAAGAAACCCUUGAAGGUAUGCACAGGGUCAUUACCACCACAAUGUGUCCCAUUCCCUACCAUCUGUCAAAACCCUGUUAUUUCAUCAUUGCCCGACUACUCAUGGUCCCUAUCUGGUACCGAUUCACAAUCUGUCAGCUUGUGGAAAGAGCAUGGCUGGGCCCAAUUCAAGAACAUGUACUGCCUACCACCAAAGAAAUCCUGCCCAGGGUCGUGGAGACCAUGUGCACCAUCGGCUAUACGUGUGAGGAGAUUGUUUCAUCCCUAACUCACAGGCGAGAAGAUAAUCAUGUAAUGGCUACUUGCAACAUUCUCAAAUAUCAGCUGAGUGGUGGGGACAGCCAUCAGCAAGAUCAGAUGCCCUGGUUAACUAGCAGCCCUGCAGGUCCUGUUCACCUCCCUCUUCCCUUGACCAGGAGAGCCAGUGAACCAGCAUUUAUAACCGGUACACAAGCUGGGAAAGGUCACUUUAAGGUGGAGUGUGUGGAAGAAAGAGGCGAAAUAUACAGAAGCCACACCAUGCCUCACAGACUCUCCUUCCCAGAUGAGCUUCCUUGCUCAGACAACACAGUCCCAGAAAGAGAUGCUCUUGUGGCUGAUGUCAUCAACACUGCUACAGAGGACACUGAAGUCAAGAGGAAUUCUGUUGACCCCCUGCCUGGCAAUCUCUCCUCGCCUGAAUCAGUCUUGGAGGCUACACCCAUGGGAUUUCUGAACCUGGGCUUCUGUGAAGAAGAUUCAUCCCAGGGGUCAGAUAUUCCCAGUGACCAGCCCCAGGUGGCAACCAUGACAUCUGGAUCCAGGCCACUCAGGAUCUGGAAACUGGUGAGGAAGCAAAUGUCCCAUGCACUGAGAGCACUGUGCUGCUGCUGCUGCUGCUGCUGCCUGCCCACCCCAAGUGUGGAAACUGAAAUGGCCCAAUAGAGUUCCAGAACUGGUGAGGAGCCACGGAAGGGACCCAAGACAGAUCGCCAGAGUGCCAGCUCCCUCCAACACAGAGCAACAGGCUCCUGCCUGCAUUAAUCCUCCAGCUAUUGGGUCUGAGCUACCAAUCUGCAUCUCUUUCAGCUCAAUUCAGCUUCAGAACUGUUGUGGGACAAUUGGGGGUCAUAAGGCACAUGGACCCCAUGACCCUCUACCUUCCUAGCUUUGGUUGUGCUUGUAGGACCACUCACACUUCAUGGAAAACAGCAGCCUCUACCUCCAGGAAGGACUUCAUACCAAUCACGGCUGCUCAUCAUCUUGGUCACUUUAACCCUCCAACUUACUCUGUGACUACCUUAUGGACAAAACAGCAAGACCUGUGUAAAUCCUCUGGAGAAUGGAGAUCUGAGGUAUAGCAGGAGAAAGAUGCAGCAGUAUUGGUCAGUGGAGUCCCAUCCUCUUCAGUGCUGAGUACGUCCUCCUUCAUUCAG